AUGAAAGCUUCCGAUGCCAUCGAGGUUGUAAGUUCGGAGGAAAUAGUGCAAUCUGGGACACUGAAUGCCGAAAACAGCUGUGAUACGAGUGCCACGUUAUUGAAUGAUAGUAAUAGUUGUGUUGCGGCUGAAUUGGACGUGAAAACUGUUCAUGAUUGGAAGAUAAAAAUCAACUCUAAACUCACAAAAUCAGAUUCUGUGAGUACAGAAGAUACGCUUGAUAAUGAAAAUGAACCACCCAAUUCGAAUACCAACAAUGCAUCUGAUACACUUUCCAAGAACGAUUUCAACAAGCUGUUGUCAAAUAAAAGAACACGAAAACCUAAUCCAAAGUACUCAGAAACUGUUGAUAAGAGUGAAAAAUCCAACGAAACCACCACGAAUAAAGUGAAAAAUAUCAAGAGACAAUCGAAAUUGAAGAAAUCUCCUCCUUGUCCAACAAUUGAUUUAGAUGAAUCCUCAAACGAUUCAGUUUGUGAAGCAAGAGUUGUUAGGGAAUCUAAUGCCAACAAAAAUUUAAAUAAAAAUGCUAAAAUAAGUAGUAUCAACGGAAAGUCGGCAGGAUUGAUGGCAAAGUUCCUAGGAAAAAGCUUGGUCACACCGAAGGAAACCGUUUCAAAAAUCGUGAAAGUCGAUCCCUCGGUUUUGAUAGCUCGACAAAAGUUCUUGAAAAGCGGUUUGCCUGAUGACUUCCGCCAAAAAAUUGCUAGUCAAAUUGAUGAAAACAUUCCCGACCCUCCGCCUUUCCCCAGUGUGAGUCACAUACAGCAGCGUGAUCCUAUGCGCCUUAUAUGGAAUAUUCCUGAGCCUCAACUGCUGAAGUUAGGACCUUCGCCCACCAUUGACCUCGAAUUGUCCUCUGAUUGGCAGAGCCUAUUUCCGGAUUCUCAAAGUGACUCAUCCGAGCACUCAGACAAUGGGGAGCCCAUCAAGAAGAUAAGAAACAAAUCGUUCAUCAAAGAUUUCCUUCGAACGAAAGCUAACACUCAGCAGUCAGUCAACGAUCGGUGGGCUUUGAUGAAAAAGUUGAAGAGCUCUGGUGUUGACUCAGCAUGCUGGACGGAUAUCUACAAGCCGAAAGCCAGUAACGACAUACUGGGCAACAAGAGCUGCGUUGAAAGAUUCAAAGUGUGGCUGGAAACUUACAAAAAUACCGCUGUCAAACAGACUGGUGAGGAAGGAAGCAGUGACGAUUUUGUGCAUUCGAGCGAUGAUUCUUGCUCCUCGCCCAAAGAACGAAUCUGCAUUAUAUCGGGACCAAUAGGAUGCGGCAAGACCAGCACAGUGUAUGCUGUCGCCCAAGAGCUCGGCUAUAAGGUUUUGGAAGUGAAUGCCUCGCAUAAUCGUAACGGGAAAAAAGUAACCGCCGACCUUUCAGAGGCCACACAGUCACAUCAAGUCGAGCAUGGAAGUUUGAAAGACAUUUUCAACAACAGUCGAAAAGUGAAGAAAAAGAAAACCAAGUAUAAACCAGUAAAAAGUGAUGGUUCUUCUAAGAAGAGAUCUUUAAUUCUAGUCGAAGACGCGGACUUACUUUUUGAAGGUUUCGACGAAGGUUUUAUCUCUGCAAUAGCCGCUCUAUCCCUAACCUCGAAACGUCCAAUGGUAUUCACUGUCAACAACAAAAAGCCUCAACACUUUUCGAAAUUCGUCAGGCCAUCCGAUCUAAUGCUGGAGUUCCAGAGGCCGUCUUCAAGUAACCUAGCGUCUUGGCUACAGAUGAUAGCAAUGGCCGAAGGAAUACAUUUGGAUGAUGGUCAUGCUGAGCUGUUGGCCAAUUGGAGCAAUAACGAUAUCCGCAAAAGUCUCGUGCAAUUACAGUAUUUAGCGCAGUCCUGUGAGGAAAUAGCAAAAUGGCCGAAGUUCAUUGAUCGAGCUAGGUGGCCUAGCGCUGUGACGAAAGACGACAUUUGUGACACAAGAAAUGAUGUCACAAUUAAGGAUGGAAUCAACAUUAUGUGUGACAUCACAGCUAGAGAUGACAUCAUCACAACUGAAGACAGAUUAGAAGAAAGAAGUCAAGUCACGCAUAGAAAUUACGCCAAGGAUGAAAUCAAAAUUAAGUGUGACAUCACAACUAAAGACAACGUCACAUCUGACGACUCAACUAGGAAUAAAGUCAGUAAAUCAGAAAUGAUCGCCAGUCUGAAAUCGCUUGCACGACGCAGCGACUCGCUGUUGAUCAGCGAUCUGCUAGCGACUCAGUCGCGCGAUCCUGGGUGGUCAUGUGACCCUUGCCCGCGGCCGCAACGGUGCGUGUGUAGCGACAGCACUGCACUGACAGAAGCAGCCGCGAACUCUGGCGGUCAACUCACCAACUACUUUGUCGAAGAUCUCGUCAGGCAUGUCGCUACCUGUGUCAGGUCCGAUGUCAGGUGUCCCAGUAAACGUUGGAAAUCGGACAACAACCUUAAGACAGCUGUACCGUUGAUGGUACGCUGUUCACAUUCCAUGAUUCACUCGGACUAUUUGCCGACGUUGCGUUUCUUCGGCCAUUGCGAGGAUUUACGUCUGUCCGCGUAUACGCGACGUAAUCGCAACUUCAACUAUUUGCAAGGAUUGGGCGUCAACACUAGCGAAGGACUAACAUUUGAUGCUUUCUUAUAGCAUUAACUUAAAAUUUAGGCAAGGUUUGUAUGUAAAUGGUGAUUAUUUACGUUACUAAUAAGAUUGUGAGUCUGCGACAUAACUUAAUUUCUUUUUUAAUCCUUUUCUGAAAAGUUUCGACAAUUUUUUUUAGACUUUCUAUCUAUCUAUUGGUGUAUUAUUUGCAUAAUUCAUAACAUCAUGAGUUUAUUACUCGACACAACAAAAUUUCCAAUACUCAACAUAAUUUCGAAUAACAUAAAGUACCAAUUUCAUGUUAUAAAACCUUGUAACGUUUUAUUAUAAAAUUCAUAUUCCUAUGCCAAUUUAGGGCCGGUUUCCGAGCUCGGGAUUUGGCCAAGUUCUAGACUUUAAACAGCUGGAGUAAGAAAAAUGGCUACCGAAACGGAGCGUAGU